AUGGCUUCACAAGCCAGUGCAGCUCUGGCCACCGACGACAGUGGCCGCAGGAAGCCCCGUCUGGCAGCAUCACUGCAGAUCAGCCCAGGGUCCAGCCCCUGGAGGCCUUCGGCCAGUCUGGGCCAAGAGUCUGCACCCGCCCCCAACGCAGAGGACGAUGAACCGGGCGGGCAGCUCCAGGCCUCUACAGCGGCUGGGGAUGGGCCCGCCGGGGACUUCCCGAAGGUGGCCAGACAUCUGGGCCUGCUUCUCAAAGACCCACCGCCGGGCCAGGCCGUGGCCUCGCUUACUCAGUACGCGGCCAAUCUGGGCGUCUCCCUGAUGUUUCGAGAAGGCCAAACAGCAGACCCCUGCUUGCCCUUCUCUGUGGCCGUGGAGCUGGAUGGGGUGGUCUGCCCCCCGAGCACUGCCAACAGUAAGCAGGAGGCCAAGCAGCAGGCAGCUCUGUCUGCCCUCCACUACAUCCGGCGUCAGCUGCAGGGCCCAGCCGCAGGGGCAGAACCCCCAAAGACCCCCAACCAGCCUCCUCUCACUCCUCUGAGCAUAGAGAACAUCGUGACCCACGAGCAGCGCUGCGCGGCUGUGGUCAGCGCAGGCUUCGACCGCCUGGUGGAUGCCAGCUCGCCAUACUGGGCCUGCAAGGGGACCGUGGCCGCGGUCAUCCUGGAGCGAGAGGUCCCGGGCGCCAGGGGCCAUGCCAAGGAGACCUACCAGCUGGUGGCGUUGGGCACCGGCGGUGGCAGCUGUGCCGGGUGGCUGGACUUCUCGGGCCGGCAGCUCCACGACUGCCAUGGGCUGGUGGUGGCCCGCCGGGCCCUGCUGAGGUUCCUGUUCCGGCAGCUCCUGCUGGCCACGCAGGGGGGCCCUAUGGGCAAGGAGAAGUCCGUGCUGGCCCCCAAGCCGGGGCCCGGGCCCCCCUUCGCCCUCAAGCCCCGGAUCUUCCUGCACCUCUACGUCAGCAACACGCCCAAGGGAGCUGCCUACGACAUCUACCUCCCUCCGUCGUUGGAGGGCGGCCUCCUGCACGGCCCCCCGCUCCGCCUGCAGGCCCACAUCCGGGGGGAGCUGAAGCCGGUGUGCUACGUGGCCCCCGCGCUCCGUGACACGCACGUGAGCUGCCUCUCGGCGAGCGACAAGCUGGCGCGCUGGGCCGUCCUGGGGCUGGGGGGGGCCUUGCUGGCCCACUUCCUGCCCCCGCUCUACACCACCAGCCUGGUCCUGGCCGACUCCUGCCACGACCCCCCGACCCUGAGCCGGGCCAUCCACACCCGGCCCAGCCUCGACAGGGUCAUGGGGCCGUGCCUGCCAGCCCCCUACACCCGGACCACGCUCCACCUCUUUGCAGGGCCCUCGGUGGCCCCCUCCGACCUCCCCCCCAACACCUGCCAGGGCCUGAGCCUCAACUGGAGCCUGGGGGACCCCGACGUCGAGGUGGUGGACGUGGCCACCGGGCGUGUGAAGGCUGACGCUGCCCCCGGGCCUCCCUCGCGCCUCUGCAAGGCCUCCUUUCUCCGGGCCUUCCGCCAGGCUGCCAGUGCCCUCGGGAAGACCCACCUGCUGACUUUGCAGACCUACGAGGCAGCCAAGGCCGGGCCCUAUCAGGAGGCUCGCCAGCAGCUGUCCCUCCUCCUGGACCAGCAGGGCCUGGGGGCUUGGCCCUCGAAGCCGCUGGUGGGAAAAUUCAAAAACUGA